AGAGGCUGGCCAUUCGGUAUUUUACCCUACCACUCAAAAGUUUGAAGUUUUGUCAACAAAAUGAGAUAUAUGAAACCACCAUACGGACUAAAAUAAGCACGUGAAGUCUUUGUAAAAUGUGUUCAUGGCAGUUUUUAAAUCCAAUAUCUAUGGCUUCUCGUCGAAUCUUGCCCUAUUCGUCUCCAGUGGCUGCCACGUCCUUCCCAGCCUUCCUAGCCCUCAUUUGAAUAAUAUUUGCAUAUUGUUAGAAGAGAUGUAAAUAUAGGACAACUAAAAACUUUGGCAAACAGAAGAUUCAAUGGCUUCUUAUUAAGACAAUAUGGCAUUUAAAGUCAAAUUCUUUAAAGGGCCAAGGAAGAUAAAAAGCCCUGUGGUAGAAUUUGAAGAUGAUGAAGAGGCUUCAGGUCACCAGAAGGAUGGAGAGCUAGGAAGUCUUGAAAUAAAGAGUGGAAAAGAGAAAUUCAUAAAAAAUGAUGAAACCGAUGAAGUGAAAGUAGAAGUAAUGGAAGAAGAAUUGAUUAAAGAUGAGGAUUCAGUUCGUUAUCAAGAUGAAUCAAUUACGAGAGAUAAGGAAGAUACUGAAGAAAAAAAGGUUGGAAAUUGUGCUGACAUUUGUAGUGGUAGCAAAGAACCGAGAGAAUCAUUGAUAACAGAGGAAAUGACUGUGAGUGACAAAACACACUGCUUUAAAAGGAGAAGGAGAGAGAGCAAUUGUAAACUCCCUUUGAAGGAUGAUUUUAUUUAUGAAUGGGCAAAGGGCAGAAAGUUAAGGAAGCAGAGGCAGCAAGAGGAAGUGGGGGACAUAAAUGAAGGUGGUAGAGGAUCAUUAGUGAAGGACAAGAAUGUACGCAAGGGGAAGUUGGCUGUGAAAGCACAGGUAACUAGAAAAGUACAAUCUAAUACAUUUAGUGACAAUAAAAAUGGAAGGAAUGCCAGAGCUAAUGUUUCUAGAACCAGGAAACUUGUCAGGAAAGAUGACUGUGACCAUUCCCAACCUAAUUCUAGUAAAGUUAAACCUAAGAGAGGUAUAAAUAGAAAGCAAAAUAAGGAAGUGAUUAUCAAAUGUGAGGACAGUGAAUUACAAGUAAGGCCUGUUAUUGAUGGAAAACUAAGUAUCCAGGACCCAUCACACCAGGAACCAGUUGUAGAAGAGAGGACUUUGAAGUGUGAUCUUGAUGAUACAGAAAAUGAAGAAGAAUCCAUGAAAGAGGGACUAGUAUCAUAUGUAAUUAUACCAAAAGCAACUCAGCGUGGCAAAAUGAGACUCAUUAGUAGUGAUGGCUUCACCUAUAAUGUAAAAUAUAGUUAUAUGGAGAAUAGAAGUUGGGUUUGUUCUCAUCGACCAAAAUUUGAAAAGGCUUGUGGAGUUAUUGUCAGGCAGUUUAUAGAUAAAGACUUUUUUAUAAAGAAAGGAGAGCAUAAUCAUCCUCCUGAUUCAACAGCAUUGGCAAAUUCCUACAUAGUUUCAGAGAUAAAGAAAAAGUCAAAGACAGAUUUUUUAAACAAUCCAAAGGAAAUAAUUGAAAAUAUUCUUCAGGAAAAUAAUGAAUUGAAUGCACAUGGACGUACUUUUAAUGUAGAUUACCUAGUCCGGACCUUCAAUAGAGUUCGUCAUAGAAUAAAGGAACUCCAUCCUAUACUUUGUACAUUUAAGAUUAAUAAGAUUCCCCAAGAUUUCCUGCAAGGAGAUAUUGUGUUUAGAAAUGAUCGGACAUUGAUCUUUUCAACCAAAGAACAACUCCGGCUUUUGUCUAGAACUGACCGCUGGUAUAUUGAUAUUACCGAAAAAUUUGCCAGUUUUCCAUUUUCACAUUUGAUGUCCAUCAGUUCUUAUGUAAUGGUACAAGAUUCAGAUGAUACUGUCGUGCUGAAACCCCUUGUUUUUUUUAUAAUGUCAAGUAUAUCAAGGAUAAAUUUGAGAAAGGCAAUCACAAGACUUAUAAAACAACUAAAGAAGCCUUUGUGUGUGCGAAGUUUUGUAUUAGACUUCUACCCUGAUCUCUGGUCAGCUAUCCGAAGUUUAUUUUUCAACUGUAAGCUGUAUGGAUGUGCCUGGAAGUUUGGGCAGAAUGUGUGGGCUAAAGUUCAAGAUUAUGGAAACCAGGAGGACAUUUUAGAGCUGAAUGAUCAUAUACACAAGCUUCUGAAGUUGCCCUUUUUGCCCACAAGAGAGAUUCGCCUAGCGUUCCAGCUUCUCAGGGAGGAUUUUUUGAGAUAUCCUGAAUUUAGGUUGCUGAUUGAAUACAUAGAAGCUUCAUGGCUGAAUAAUUCUGUUUGGCGCAUAGCCAACUGGAGUGUGUUUGGAAAUCCAUUUAGAACAAAAUCAGAUGUUGUCAGUUGGCAUUACAGCAUACCACUUCGGCGCAAUCACUACAUUUCUAUAAGUGAUUUAGUUCAUGAGUUAUAUAUGCUAUCCUGUAGUUUAUCCAGUGUUCAAAGACCCGUUCAUCAAAGAAGUGUAAAACAAUUUUAUAAAGGAAACAUGAACUCUGUACAAGGGAAAAUGUUCCUUUUGUGGGAUAAGGAGUCUGUGAUGCCACAUUUGGAGUUUUUAGCAAGUUGUUGUCAGUUCAGUGAGCCUUCAUUAGAGGUUUAUGGUCAGGAAAUAGAAUGAGAAAAAUAGAUAAGAAAUAUGUUACUUUUAGCUAGAAUUUGUUUUUCAUUUGUUAAAGGAUGAUAUUUACUGCAAUGAGAUGUAGUCCUGUUUUAGUUUGUAAUUCUUGUCAGUUGAUCAUAGUUACACUUGAUGUACGGAAUUGGUGAAAUUUUGAACUCUCAUAGACUACAUAUUAUUAAUGAUUACAUUUGAAUCUUAGAACACUAGGAAGUAACCAUUUUCAAAUGAAUUGAAAUAAUGGAGAAUUAUAUUUAUUAGUGAAAUACAAACACAAAUGGAAACUCUUAUGUUAAUACCAGUCUUGUCACUUUGUGCAUAAUUUGAUGUAAUGCUUGUGUUUUAUCAAAUUUUAUAGAAUCUGAAUGUUGUAAGCAUGCAGUUCUACCUUAUGAAAAUUGUAUUGAGGCAAAGUGUACAAUAUGAUGGUGAGUUGUAUAGUGAUGUUUCUCCAAGGAAAUGGCUCUCCAGUCACAUUCACUUGAAAAGACUUAAAAAUAAAAUUCUCAGUGUGUGUGUCCAAAAAACAAAAUUCUCAGUGCUUAUGUCCAAAUUAUAUGUCUUUCAACAUGGAGUCAUUCUUCUAUACAACUCUGGUGGGAACAAAUGUGUCAAGGUGCUCUUCCAGGGUUAGCAUAUUAUUAUGUUUUAUGUGGUGUAACAUUAAUUGAUUCAUUCCUUUUAUUUUAAUUGCUACUUUCUGAAAUGUCUUUUCACAUAUUAGUGAGUAUUUAUUUAUGUUUUUCUUACCUUCUGGCUUGUAGCAUCACUCAUAGCCUAAUGGUUCCUGUGAGUAUAGCACCAAUUAGUAAGUAAUUUUAUUUCUUUUCCCUUCUGGAGACUGCCUGGUUAUGUUAUCCUUUUAAUAUGCUCAUAGGACUGUUUCAUUCUAAUUGCAGAUUUUUCCAGUAUCCAAAUUUAGUAUAUAAUAAUUAUCAUUAUUUUGGUUUGAGCUGUUUUUUUUUCUUGCCAAUUUUGUAGUAACUGGUUACAUUGCUUUCUUUCUUUGUGAUUAUGGAUUUUCUCUCUGUGUAGUAAAUAUUUUCCCUUAUUGGUGUUUUGAAAUGAAGGUUUAAUUAAUUUUUCA